ACAAAUUACUUCAUCUUCUUCCAAACUGAAAAAAACCUCGGUCUUGUCUUGUUUCUCUCAUGGCGACUUCUCUGUUGUCUCCACUUUCAUCACUCACCAAAGAGCUUCCGAGUCCCAUGACCGCUCUUCCAAAAUCUUCUUUUCUCUCCAACACCAGGGUCUUUAACUUCACCCCUUCUUCAAAAGCAAAACGCAGAGUUGAAAGGUGCUACAUAACUCCCCGGGCGGAGUCGCUGGACCACAUUCCCAAGCAAUUCAGGGAACAAAAUCUGAAGGAUGGAUGUGGGUUUUCGAUUAUCAUCUCUUCCUUUUUACGUUCCUUCUUGUAUAUUUUACCGGUUCUGGUUUUUGAUUGUUCAAAGAACGAAUUUUUAUUGGUGAUAUUGACGGACAACUACAAGAAUGUUCCUCAGUAUCUUUAUGGCCUUAGUGCUUCACAGAUGGACAUGUUCAUGACAGAAGAUAACCCUGUUCGCCGGCAAUCUGAAAGAGUUACUGAGGAAAGCAUUUCUUCUGCCCAAAACUAUUUGAACAAUGGGGGCAUGUGGAGUCUCUCUGGCAUGAAUGAUAGGGGUCCUUCAAAGUACAGUAUGAGUGUGAGCAUGUAUCGAGGAGGGGCCAGAGGAUAUGGAAGACCCAGAACUCCCCCUCCUGAUUUGCCAUCUUUGCUUUUAGAUGCUAGGAUAUGCUAUCUGGGAAUGCCGAUUGUACCUGCAGUGACUGAGCUUCUAAUUGCUCAAUUUAUGUGGCUGGAUUUUGAUGAUGCUACCAAGCCUAUAUAUUUAUACAUAAAUUCUUCUGGGACACAGAAUGAGAAGAAGGAAUCUGUUGGAUCUGAAACUGAGGCAUAUGCUAUAGCUGACGCCAUGGCUUACUGCAAAUCAGACGUUUACACUGUGAAUUGCGGCAUGGCGUAUGGUCAAGCAGCAAUGCUUCUAUCUCUUGGGACGAAGGGUUAUCGUGCUUUACAGCCAAAUUCCUCAACAAAACUUUACUUGCCUAAAGUCAGCCGAUCAAGCGGGUCUGUCAUUGAUAUGUGGAUUAAGGCCAAAGAGCUCGAUUCCAACACCGAAUACUACAUUGAGCUACUAGCAAAAGGAACAGGCAACUCCAAGGAAGAAAUUGCAAAAGACAUUCAGCGACCUAAAUAUCUACAAGCACAAGAAGCAAUAGAUUAUGGCAUUGCAGACAAGUUGAUCAGUGCCAGGGAUACAGCGUUUGAAAAACGGGACUACGAUAAGCUUCUUGCUCAGUCAAAAGCCAUGAGGCAAGCAGCAGGAGGGGUAGGUCCACAGGCAGCUCCUUCAGGGUUUAGGUGAUUACAAAGCUGUAAUGUAUGCGCUUAAUAUAUACAUAGAACAGAUAUUAGCUCAUGAAAUGUUUGUUUCCAUUUGUGAUGGAGCCAUUUGCUGUAGUUGGCGCUUCUGCUGAUCUAUAGUAAUAAUGCAGACAGUAGUGGUGUUUAUUGUAUACGUUGUAUCUGGAAAAUGGGUUAAAGUUAAAAGUUCUUCCGCGAACAUUUGGAAGGUGAA